AGGGGGUGUUGGGUCCCCAGGAUGGGAACAAAAUCCUUGUGCCAGCACAAGUCCAGGGCUGCAGGCACAGCUCUCCCUCUGCCAUCCAUGUUCCAUUGUUCUGUUUAUCUUCCUGGUUCUCCAGUGGCCCUGGGCCACACUUGGGCUGUCACACAGCUCCUUGAGAGGCUUUCCAGGAAAAAUGGGUGGCACCACUUACACUGGAGUUAAACCAGGGAUCACUUGAGAGAUUUAGGGAUUGGUGGUUUCAAUGUCCAGGAGCUUGCCUUAAUCCCAAGGCCCUUAAACCUGCCUGUGUGGGAUCAGUGCUGGGAGCGGGUCAGGCUGACUGGGGUCGUGUGUGGGCUCAAGCAGGUGUUGGUCAGACACAGGCUCAGGUUUUCUGUGUGGGUUUGGGCCAAGGAGGCUUAUCUUGCUUUGCUUCAGUCUACAUUGAAAUGUCAAGCCACUGUUUGUAGCAUUAAGCAUUGCUGGGGCUUUCUGGAGCCAUUCCUCAUUCUCAUCUCUUCUCCUUUGCUGGGGUUGCAUCAGGAGGAGCAUUUUGCUGUCAGCUUUGAACACCUCUUACCUGUUUCCAUCUCAGCAAGUGCUGGGCACAGAACAAUAGUGAGGAGGGGGCAGUCUAAAGUAGAUUUUUCUUCUGAAAAUGCAAGUCUGUUCAUGAUGUUCUAAUUUACCUUGGCUCUCCUGGGUUUAGAUUUGUGUCCAAGGAGCUGGUGUUUUCUGCAGUCACACAAACAGCAGUGUUUUAAAUAUCUGGUUCCAUUUGCUGUAAAUCAUGCUGAGAUUGUUAGUGAUGAGAUAAUACCCAGUGCUGCUGGCAGGCUGUCUCUGAACAGUGUGCAAAGCAAGCUCUGACACACAUGAAGCAGCAAUCUGUAUGCUCGUGAGAAAAGGAGCUUUACAUUGAAUAGGGCAGGUUGGUUAUUGGCCUAAGCUCUCAUUUAGAUCCAUCAAAGGAGGUUGGAAAGGCAUGAGCUGUGCUUGGCCCUGUCUGAGUGUUUCUAGGAUUCUUCAUGUUUCCAAGUAUAUGAAAGGAGAAAAACAAUAUUUGAAGGAGAAGAACAGCAAGAUACGCUGCACCUGAGGUUUAACAACCAUCUCUGAAAUCCAGCAGGGUUCCUUCCUCUCUCUGUGUGUAGCUUUAUUUAACUGGGUUGAUGUUUAUGGUGUUUGGGUUGGGUUCCCCCCCCCCUCCAUUUUCUCUCUAAUCUGCUGCUCUGGCCCCAGUUAAAGCUGUAUUAGAGCAGCUCAGCUGAGAUGUGACCCUGGAUGACAAAUCCCCACAUAUUGCAAACAAAGAACAUCAAGGCCACGUUCAGUGCUUUUUGCAUGGCACUGUGCCAAAUACUCUCACAGAGGAAAACAUUUUAAGUCUUCCUUUUAAGCUGAGCUCAAACCUGAAGGACUCUGUCAGCAAUAAUAUUGCAGCUGAACACAGGCUCUGAUUUUAAUUACAAAACAAGCUCCACUGCAGCCUCUGCUUUCAGGGUGAAAUUUUUGUGAGAUUUUUGCUGGAAGAAUUGCACUCAUUGUGGCUCGUGUGGCUUUCCCAACCCAGCCUCUGUUUUGGAAGGAGGUUAAACCUCCUCUGCACGAGGAAUGUGUUUCCAGAGCUGUCUCCAGGCUUGGCAGGAGCAGAGAGGGAGAGAAAUCAAACCAAACCCAGUAAUUCAGCCUAAUUGGAUGAGGUGGAAACCAGGCAGGCACAGGGCAGGCAGCAGCUCCAGGAAACUGGGAAAAGCAACAGGUGUUUUAAGGAACUGGAACCAUGACGGACUCCAAAUACUUCACGACCAAUAAAAAAGGAGAGAUUUUUGAGCUGAAGGCUGAACUCAACAAUGAAAAGAAAGAGAAGAGGAAAGAAGCUGUAAAGAAGGUUAUUGCAGCCAUGACUGUGGGGAAGGAUGUCAGCUCUCUGUUCCCUGAUGUUGUCAACUGCAUGCAGACUGACAACCUGGAGCUGAAGAAGCUGGUCUACCUGUACCUGAUGAACUAUGCCAAAAGCCAGCCAGACAUGGCCAUCAUGGCUGUCAACAGCUUUGUGAAGGACUGCGAGGACCCGAACCCGCUGAUCCGCGCGCUGGCCGUGCGCACCAUGGGCUGCAUCCGCGUGGAUAAAAUCACCGAGUACCUGUGCGAGCCCCUGCGCAAGUGCCUGAAGGAUGAGGACCCCUACGUGAGGAAAACUGCAGCUGUCUGCGUGGCCAAGCUGCACGACAUCAACGCCCAGAUGGUGGAGGACCAAGGGUUCCUGGAUUCCCUGCGGGACCUGAUUGCAGACUCCAAUCCCAUGGUGGUAGCGAACGCUGUGGCCGCCCUGUCGGAGAUCAGUGAGUCCCACCCCAACAGCAACCUGCUGGAUCUGAACCCCCAGAACAUCAACAAGCUGCUGACAGCUUUAAAUGAGUGCACAGAGUGGGGGCAGAUCUUCAUCCUGGACUGUCUGUCCAACUACAACCCCAAGGAUGACCGGGAAGCUCAGAGCAUCUGUGAGCGGGUGACCCCCCGGCUGUCUCACGCCAACUCAGCAGUGGUGCUGUCAGCAGUGAAGGUCCUGAUGAAGUUCCUGGAGCUCCUUCCCAAGGACUCUGAUUAUUACAACAUGCUGCUGAAGAAACUUGCCCCUCCUCUGGUGACCCUGCUGUCUGGAGAGCCUGAAGUGCAGUAUGUUGCCCUGAGGAACAUCAACUUGAUUGUGCAGAAGAGGCCUGAAAUCCUGAAGCAGGAGAUCAAAGUGUUCUUUGUGAAGUACAACGACCCCAUCUAUGUCAAACUGGAGAAAUUGGACAUCAUGAUCCGCCUGGCCUCCCAAGCAAACAUUGCCCAGGUCCUGGCAGAGCUCAAGGAAUACGCCACCGAGGUGGACGUCGACUUCGUGCGCAAGGCCGUGCGAGCCAUCGGCCGCUGUGCCAUCAAGGUGGAGCAAUCUGCAGAGCGCUGUGUGAGCACACUGCUGGACCUCAUCCAGACCAAGGUGAACUACGUGGUGCAGGAGGCCAUCGUGGUCAUCAGGGACAUCUUCCGCAAGUACCCCAACAAGUAUGAGAGCAUCAUUGCCACUCUGUGUGAGAACCUGGAUUCCCUGGAUGAGCCAGAUGCCAGAGCUGCCAUGAUUUGGAUAGUGGGUGAAUAUGCUGAAAGAAUUGACAAUGCAGAUGAGCUGCUGGAGAGUUUCCUGGAGGGUUUCCAUGAUGAAAGCACUCAGGUGCAGCUCACCCUCCUGACUGCAAUAGUGAAGCUGUUCUUGAAAAAGCCUUCUGAGACACAGGAGCUGGUGCAGCAGGUCCUCAGCCUGGCCACACAGGAUUCUGACAACCCAGACCUGCGGGAUCGUGGCUACAUCUACUGGCGCCUUCUUUCCACGGAUCCAGUGACUGCCAAGGAAGUGGUGCUCUCAGAAAAGCCACUGAUUUCUGAGGAGACUGAUCUGAUUGAGCCAACCCUGCUGGAUGAGCUGAUCUGCCACAUUGGGUCUCUGGCUUCUGUGUACCACAAACCACCCAACGCUUUCGUGGAGGGCAGCCAUGGCAUCCACCGCAAGCACCUGCCAAUCCACCAUGGCAGCACCGAUGCUGGUGACAGCCCCGUGGGCACCACGACCACCACAAACCUGGAGCAGCCACAGGUCAUCCCAUCCCAGGGUGACCUCCUGGGGGACCUCCUCAACCUGGACCUGGGGCCCCCUGUGAAUGUGCCCCAAGUGUCCUCCAUGCAGAUGGGUGCUGUGGACCUCCUGGGAGGAGGGCUGGACAGCUUGCUUGGCAGUGACCUUGGCGGGGGCAUUGGAGGAAGCCCGGCAGUGGGACAGACCUACAUUCCCUCCUCUGUGCCAGCCACCUUUGCCCCUUCUCCCACCCCAGCAGUGGUCAGCAGUGGACUCAACGAUCUCUUUGAGCUCUCAUCUGGCAUAGGGAUGGCUCCUGGAGGAUACGUGGCUCCCAAGUCUGUUUGGCUGCCUGCAGUGAAGGCUAAAGGAUUGGAGAUCUCAGGCACAUUCAGCCACAGGCAGGGACAUAUCUACAUGGAGAUGAACUUUACCAAUAAGGCUUUGCAGCACAUGACUGACUUUGCCAUUCAGUUCAAUAAGAACAGCUUUGGAGUCAUCCCAAGCACCCCCCUGGCCAUUCACACACCUCUGAUGCCAAACCAAAGUAUUGAUGUCUCCCUGCCCCUCAACACUCUGGGACCAGUCAUGAAAAUGGAGCCUCUGAACAACCUCCAGGUGGCUGUGAAAAACAACAUUGAUGUCUUUUACUUCAGCUGCCUAAUCCCUCUCAACGUGCUCUUUGUGGAGGAUGGCAAAAUGGAGCGCCAGGUCUUCCUUGCAACAUGGAAAGAUAUUCCAAAUGAAAAUGAGCUUCAGUUCCAGAUUAAGGACUGUCACCUGAAUGCUGACACUGUCUCCAGCAAGCUGCAGAACAACAAUGUCUACACCAUUGCCAAGAGGAACGUGGAGGGGCAGGACAUGCUCUACCAGUCCCUGAAGCUCACCAACGGCAUCUGGAUCCUGGCCGAGCUGCGCAUCCAGCCCGGGAACCCCAACUACACGCUCUCCCUGAAAUGCCGAGCUCCAGAAGUGUCCCAGUACAUCUACCAGGCCUACGAUGCCAUCUUGAAAAACUAACAGGAGGUGGAGCCUGUGCCUCACCCUGCAGAAGGAGGGGGGAAAAGGGGUCCCCAGAACCUCCUUCACCGCCAGCGCAGGGGAAGAGCACUCGUAACUGGAAGCAGCUGUAUUCAUGUGUAGGAUUUCAGUCAAAGGCACUGAUUAAACAAGGUAGCAAUUAGUAUCCACGUGCUAACGAUGAUAGGGAACAAGCCCCUUUGGUAUUUUUAGCAUCCAUGGAGUUUGUAACCACUGCUUCAAACAACUCCCGUGUCCCCCUCGCCCCUCACUCAUCCGUUCUCGUGGGCUUCUCUCCAUUUUGUGCCAAUGUUCAGUGUUUUCUAAAUGGCUUUAGGUGUAGUUUGGAUUUUGUAAAAUAACUGCUCGUUGGAAAAACAAAAAAACACCGAGCAAAAACCACACGUCUGCUCAUUAAAACAAGGCAAAAGUGUCGAAAACAUAACACUGCACUUUAUUUUAUAUUUUUAUACUUUUUUUUUUUUUUUUGAGUUUUUCUAUUGUAAUUGGCUGAAAGGGAAGGUGAUUGCAAGGAAGUUUUGGGAGCCCUGCAGGGACAUGGGGCUCUAGCAGGGUGAGCACGGCCUCGGGGAAUUAGGAACAGAGCCAUCAGUUGGGUCCUAGGAGGAGGAUGGAGCCCUAAGGAGGGGUUUUUGUUACUCCUUUGCUGGCUUCCAUGGUGUUUUCACUCCAGCCAUCUCCCUGCCUCAUGAGCUGGUGAUUUGAGGAGUGAGGCUGCUUUUGUGUGGGGAGGAGCAGCAGGCCUGGAUGGGUAACAGGGCAGGGGUGGAUGAAAUGAAGGAAAUGAGCCUGUUCUUAGAGCAAAAGGCUCGUGCCAGAGCUCCAGGUGUGGUCUCUGCAUCCUCACCCAUGUGCAGCCCCUCUUCCUCCCGUUCUUUCCGUGCCUGCUGAGGCCAAGCUGCCUCCUCAGCCAUCCCUGAGCUGUGCCCCCCUGUCCCAGCGCUGGCCCUGGCAAUUCCCAGGCUCGUGGUGGCACAUCCAGAUGUGGCACUGCCACUUCCCCGGCGGGGCUGCAGUGUCAGCCCGGCCCCCACAGACAGGGGCUGCUGCUGGCAGUGCCCCAGGAUGCCAGGGGAGUGGAGUGACUCUCCCUGUUGCCAUGCUGCCCCCAGACCCCAGGCUGGGCAUGGUGGGAGAUGGUUUGGGCUUGGCAGUGGGGCACUCAGCUUCCAGCUGGGCUGGGUGGAGCAGCUCAUGGAAGGGUUUCUCCCGUUGGCAGCUCCACUCUUUGUGCCCAGAGACACACAGUGGCCAGAGCCAGCCAGGUUCCUGCUCCAAGUCCCUGUCCCAAGCAGCCCCAUGCCCUGGACCCUUUUUUCCAAGCUCUCCCUUAGAGCCAGGAUUGUUUCCCUUCCAGUCCACAGCUGUGGAGUCGCCCCAUUGCAACCACUCAGUGCUGCAGCAACAGCAGUGAAAGCAAAGCCUCUUGCAUGUCCCUGCUCCAUCCAUAGCUUGUCCUGCUUAAUCCAAGCCCCAAUCCAGAGCAGCCUCUCCCUCCCCAGCAUGCUUGGACAUCUCCUCCCCAGCUAACAAAGCUCUUGCGUGUAGCAACCCCCCUGUUGUCCUUUUAGAUGCCACUUUCACAGUCAGUAAACGUUUCACGGUGGGAGAUCGUUCAUCAGGGCUUUGGCACUGACUGCAGCCAAGAAACCAGUGCUGGGAAAAGGUCACAGUGUCCUGGGAGAGGCUCCAGCAGGACCCAGGAGCUGCACGACCCUGAGGAAGGUGGUGUCCCUGUGUAGGAACCCCUGUGCUCUGGCUGGGGGUAAGAAAGUGGGGCAGAGCUGGAGCAACCCAGCCCUUGAGCCUUGCCGACAUGUGCUGGGAGGUGAUUUGCUCCAAGCCCUGCGGGUGGAGUGUAAAAAUCAUUACCAGAGCAAUUAAGGAAGCACCGGUGGCACUGAGUUCGGUGCUGUGUGGGGCAGGGAGGAGAGAGCAGCUUAGAGGUGGGGAGGGGUUGCUGAGCACCCCCUUCUCUUGCUAAAUUCCUUCCCAGCUUUUGGGAUGGGUGUCUCACCCCGGGGCUGAGCCGGGGCUCGUGGUGGCGUUCCCUCCGCCCCUGCUCGUUCGAGUGUUCCCGUUCGUGUUGCUCUUCAGGCUUUGCCUGCCCUCCGUGUCAAUAAACUCAUUUCCACGAG